AUGAAAUUCCUAAUUUUGUUGUUCUCCAUGUUUGCCAUUGUCCUUUCCCAGGCUCCGUUUUCCGAACUGACGGAUCAAAUGCACCUUGAAAGACUGUUCGAACCUUAUACUUAUCAACGUAUCAACUAUGAUCUAAGCAGGUUCGCGUACAACGCUCAAUACCCCAACAAUAACUACAACAAGGUGGAUGGAUGGCAACCAGCCAGUUGGACUGACAUCUUCGGCCCUCGCAAGGGAAAGUAG